GCUCCCCGGAGGAAAGCACCGCGCUGCCCCCGGGGACCCCGCGGAUGUGCCAAGCUCCCCCCGGUCCCCCCAGCCUCCUGCCUGCUCUCCUGCCGCCCUCACCGCUUCUUUACCCUCCCGCACCUCCAUUUCCCCCUUUUUUUUUUUUUUUUUUUUUUUUUUUAAAGCAGCUGGGAGGGCUGAGGGGGGGGGGCCAGCGACGCUGCCAGACCGCCCCUUGCCCAUUUCUCGGAAGGAACUCUCAUGGCUUCACAGCUGCGGACAAGUUGCCCUGCAUCUUGGUGGACUAUCGGAGUUUGCAUCCUGGCGGCCGCGCUCUCCCCAGGGCUGCAAGCUCAGACUGUCUUAGUCAAUGACACAGUCUCGGGGUUUAUCGGGACAGACGUGGUCCUGCACUGCAGCUUCACCAACCCGCUCCCCAAUGUGAAGAUCACGCAGGUCACUUGGCAGAAGGCCACCAACGGCACCAAGCAGAAUGUGGCCAUCUACAACCCGGCCAUGGGGGUCUCCAUCCUCUCACCCUACAAAGAGCGGGUGACUUUCCGCAACCCGUCCUUCAAAGACGGCACCAUUCAGCUCUCCCGGCUGGAGCUGGAGGAUGAGGGGGUGUACAUCUGCGAGUUCGCCACAUUCCCCACCGGCAACCGGGAAAGUCAGCUGAACCUCACCGUGCUGGCCAAGCCCACGAAUCGGAUGGAGGGCACCACGCGGCCCCUCAUCGCCAAGGCUGGCAGGACAGAGAAGAUCCUGGUGGCCACUUGCACCUCCUCGAACGGGAAGCCCCCCAGCACCGUCACCUGGGACACCAAGCUCAAAGGGGAAGCGGAGUUCCAGGAGAUCCGGAACAGCAACGGCACCAUCACGGUGAUCAGCCGGUACCGCCUGGUGCCGAGCCGGGAAGCCCACCGGCAGCAGCUCAUGUGCGUGGUCAACUACCAGCUGGAGCGCUUCACCGACAGCAUGACCCUCAACGUGCAGUAUGAGCCAGAAGUCACUAUUGAGGGGUUCGAUGGCAACUGGUUCCUCAAUCGGAAGGAUGUAAAGCUGAUCUGCAAGUCUGACGCCAACCCCCCCGCUCACACCUACGAGUGGAAGCUGCCAAACGGGACGCUGCCCGGGAGCGUGGAGAUCCAGAACAACACCAUCUACUUCAAAGGGCCCGUCUCCUACAGCGUGGCUGGCACCUACAUCUGCGAGGCCUCCAACGCCAUCGGGACCCGGUCGGGCUUGGUGGAAGUCAAUGUCACAGACAAGCCGCUACCUCAGGGCGCCCCGGGAGGCAUCAUUGGGAUCAUGGGAGGCGUCAUCGCCGCCGUGCUCAUCAUCGGCGUGGCUGUCACGGUGUUCGUCGUCUACAGGAGGCAGCAGAAGAACCGCACGGACGCGGACCACGACCUGAUUGACUUGCCUCCGUCCCACAAGCCUGCCCCUCCGCCGAAGAGGAAACAGGAGCUGAAAAGCCACCUGACUGCAGAAGACAUCCAGGUUGUUCACCUGGACAACAUGAAGCACGAGGAAGAAAUCCAGAAGCUCCCUCUGCAGCCUCCGUACUACGACAUGGCAGCCAGCGAGCCCUCUCCCUACACCGACAAGCUGGACUUUGGAAAGUGUCACUCAGAGAUACCGAAUGCGAGUGAUUACCUGACCCGCUGCUACUCACGUGAAGGUCGAUAUCUGGAGAAGAUCCCUCAGGUCUACGCCCCCCUGUCAGACCUGCCCCGAGACCUCUACCCUCAGCACCCCGACGUCUCCUUCUGCUGCCCACCUCCCGGCUCCCGGGCUCCUUACAUCUGUCCUAAGGAACAGUACGUUUGAAGCGUCAGCACAGCAAAAAGACGAAGCUAAUGUUUUUCACAUCUCCCGACCCUGUCGCUCACCAGCCAAGGCCUUUUAACCCCCCCACACACACUUUGCCGUUGCUUAUUUUAUUUAUUGAUUUCUGAAUUUCGGUGCAAUUGUAAGCGACGUGAUUAGGUUAAGUAUCUGCCUGGCUUGCUAAUGCUCGAGGGAGCACUGCCUUCGCCUACAUCUCGCCCAGUUCGUGCAUCUUCCUUCUCUCGUGCUGGCCCUCCUGUACCAAGCUGCUAUGUGCAUGCAUGCAUACGUGGGGUCAGCUGCCCUGCCUCGGAUGGGAUGUGCCCGACCCCAUUAAACGUCCGUAGGUCCCCUUGUGUCCCUCUCUGCACUGCUUGCACCAGCGUAGCCAGGUGUGGAUUCUCCACAACCCUUCUUCCAGCUUGUGUGAAGUCUCAAAGCCCAGCCGGUGCCCACGCCUGAGGCUGGAGGGUUUUUUUUUUCCUCCUUUGAGAAAACUGUUUUCCCCCUUGGCAGUGGGGAUAGGAAAUCCCUGUUGCAAACAACUAAACAGCCAAGGUUGCUGAACCGAAUAAUAAGAUGCUUACACUGAAAGAUGCUCAGAACCAACCAAGAAUAGAAAGAAGGUCUUGGUUUAGGGCUUUUGUUUCUUUUUUCCCUCCUACUCCCACUCCAAAUUUUUCUGAUUGGCUCUGUUUAAUCCGGAUGGCAUGGGGACAUAAUUUGAAGCCAACAUUUCGGAGAAAGCGUCUUUUAAAAAACCUUCUUAUAACCUGCAAGAGGAAAAAAAUUAGAAAGAAAAACAUUCUCUCUAAUUUUCCUUUUCAAAGCCUAGUGUGACCCCCCACUGGCUUUUCCCCCCUCUCCUUCUUGCAUCUGUUGAUUGGAAUUUCAAAAUGAACUCAGGCAGAAUAUGAAGAAAAAAAUCAUGAUUUCAGGUAAUCUUCGCACUCUUAAUGAAGGAUAAAAGCCAAUAGAGGAAUCUGGCCUUUUAGGUUUUCUUAGUUUUUUUUUUUGUUUUUUUUUUAAAGCAUCUUAGUUUUGGGACUAUGUUUUUUUUUUUUGAUAUUCGGAAUGUGUGUGGGUAUGUAAAUCCAAAUGUGUACAUCACUGUGACCACAAAGUAUUUUAGAGAAGGGAAUUUAUCUCCACAUCACAUUUGUGUUCACGUGUAUUAGAGGAAAAAUAAAUAUAGAUAUACACUUAUAUGUAUAUAAGAGCAAAGAAGAGGAAGUGGAGGAAAAGGGAUGGAAAUCCUGUAGAAGAGCUUGGCCUCGAGGAUAAAAUUCAUCUGUUUCACCCAGGUACGGCAUAUGUAGGGUGAGGGCUGGGACAGUUGUGAACAAGGGGACGUGCCCACCUGGUGGAUGGGCAUUUGCUUUCCUCUCUCGUGGGUUGGGUUUGUGGCAUUCUGCAGACACUGCACGCUUAGCAUCACUCUGAGACCAUGAGGAUGUCAGAGCAGAGUGUGUGCGGGAGGGAGAGAAGGGGACCACAGCGUCACCCUGCUGCCCAGACCCCAAGCCAUGUUCCAGUGCCACCUCUGCAAGCAAAAAGUGAGCCUGGCACCGAGCUAAAGCCUCCCUGCAGGAGGUGUGAGCACUGUGCUGGUCGCUUCCAGCCCAGCUCCUGCCGUGCCGCACGGACUGAGGCACCCUUUUAUUUUUCUAUAUCUGAAUCUAAGCAGCUAUCGAUGUUCUAUGCACUUUCUUUACCCCCAUCGCCUUCAGCAGCCUCAAGCCUCGCCCUGCUUGUCCCUCUCCCUCCACCAAGAAGCACAUGUGUGUUUGCACUACCUCGUGGGUUCCCUGCAGGCUGGCACAGAGAUCUGUACGUACAUAAGGGAGAGGUUUAUAACUCAGCUAGGCAAUAUAGCACCGAGGGAGGAUGAAGCCACUCUCGCCAGUGCCAGGAGUGCACAGCUUCCAUGUGUGCUGGUGCUCCCAUUCCUGAGAUGUCAGGGACUGUACAUACACAGCUUUAUAGCAUUAGGUGCAACUUUUCCCAUACCAUCCAUGUGGUUUGGACUGGCUGAAGCCUUUUUGGAGUCACCUGGAUUCACGUUUCCCUGCCAGCAUCCACAGGACUCAGCCAGGCAUGUCCCUACACCGACAGACUCGGGUGCUACAUGUCUUGAUCCUGAUAAUGUGUUUCUCUCCUGUUUUCUCCUCAACACACCUUGGGGCACUUUCUGGUUACCACAGAGCUGAAAUUGGGUGUGCUCAGAGCUGAAACCGUGGCCAGGACAUUCACCCUGGCAAGGGAACUGUGCUUUGGACUCUGCCAAAUCUGCCUUUGGUCACCCUGGUGGGAAAGGUGACAUGGCACAGGGACACCCAGGGCUCUCUGACAUCCUGGAGCCAACCCAGCACCACUGACCACUGAGAAAAAGCUUACACAUUUCCCUUUCUGCGUGCCUGUAAUAACAGGAUGCCGCCUGCACGGCAGCAAUUAAAGUAGAUUUGAUUGGGAGCCUUCAUCCGAGGCAGCUUCAGCCGGAUCUGAAAAAUUAAAUAAAAAGUGGAAUAUGGUCAGGUCUUCAGGUGCAACAGAAAACCAGGCAGGUAAAAUGGCUGUUGGCAGAGGAGGAAGGGAACAUCUUGCAGGUGGUUUCCUCUGCUGCCAGAGGCUGGGGCCGGUGCUUUAAUGGGCAGGGGGAAAGCAGAGGCACAGACUGCAGCAUUAGAGGGACUCCGCUCGCCUUGUGCAGCUUUGAGCUUGAGCUGCCCACAGAUGACUGCCACAAAGGGUUUUACUGUGCUUUUCAGCAAAGUGAAAGGAAUUCAAUCCUCCUUAGAAAG